UCUGCAGCCGGCACUUCGUUUUUGGCCACCCGGCGCAUCUAGAGGAAGUGGAAAGUGUAGAUUGGGUCCCAUCGUUGUUUUUAAUCGAUUCUGAUGAAAAGGCGGAUUCUCCCGGUGCAAGUAGUGAAGCAGAAUCAGCACACUCUCACGUUGAUGUAUCUGUCGGAACAGAAGAACCCCCGGAAUCAGACGAUAAGGAAGAGUCUUCUUCGGAUUUAGUGACUGAUACGGACGUUGGCGCUAUUCUGGACGAUUUCAUUGAGGGUCACAGUUUCGAAAACUCCGAUGUGAGCGAUUUAAACCUAUUUCAGGAUCUUGUCCGUUUGGCCGAUUGCUGGCCCGAUUUUGCCAUGACAUCGGAAUGGUAACAAUCAGGUAUACUCAGCUUAAUCAGCAAUUAAAAAAGAGUUUAUAUUUAUUUCUAGCGAGUAUGAAGAACCGAGUGAAGCACUCACCCCACAUCAUAACGAUGACGUCGGUGACAGUAUCACAGAGCUCAAAGUGGUUUCGGAAAACGAUAUCUCGCCGAAUUUGAACGUAUCGUUCAAGGAAAACGUGUGUGUGCAAACCGAAACAAGUUGGAUCCAAGAAUCUGCUCAGAACAAGAAGCAUUUGAGCAAGUUGGAAAUGGAAAAUUGCAAGUUGCGACAAGAGAACGGAGUUCUCCGACAGAAACUAGCGGAUGCCGAGCUUGCGACAAGAUACACCGUUUCAUCGCUGGAAUCCGACGACAAAAAGUGCAAAUACAUUACUGGUAUAUCAUCGGGAAUAGUACUCCGCCAGGUGUUUGAAGCCCUCAAAGAUGAUUUGCCUAUGUUAGAACCGGAACACAGAGAAAAACUGUUUGUAUUGGCUCUAAGAAAAAUAAGACUGAAUGAACCGUUCCAUACCCUAGGGCUUCUGUACGGUAUGCAUCCGAGUUUGGUAUCUGAUAAAAUUUUCCACGUUAUCCACUGCAUUUAUCCGUUUCUGGCCGGGUUGGUUCGGUGGCCUCCUCGCGAGGUUUUGAAAAAGCACAUGCCACACGCGUUCCGUCAAAAGUAUAAUGAUCGAGUGACUGUCAUCUUGGAUUGUUUUGAAGUUCCCAUCGAAACACCACGAGCGGAAGAGAUGGUGGCGAAUGCAAACGUUUACAGUUUUUAUAAGCAUCAUAAAACAAUCAAAGUGCUAGCGGGUGUCACACCGGAUGGAUGCUAUUCCUUCAUUUCGGAGGCGUUUGGUGGGAGGACAUCCGACAAACAAAUCACUUCCAUGUCUGGGUUCCUGGAUCUCCUCGAGGAAGGCGAUUUUGUUUUAGCAGAUAGAGGAUUUUUGAUCGAGGACCUCCUGAGGCAGAAAAAUGCAUCAAUUAGUAUCCCUGCAUUCAAGAAGACAAAUAGACAGCUUCAACCCCUGGAUGCUUGUGAUUCGAAAGAGAUUUCCGCAUUGCGAAUUCAUGUUGAGCGCAUGAUCGGAUCCUUGAGACAAAAAAUGUUGAUCUUAACAGAUAUUAUACCAAUAACUUUAUUGGAGCGUUGGAAUUCUGGUACGCCAGCCUUGGAUCAGAUCAUCAAAAUUGCUGCAGGAAUCGUCAAUUUGUGUCCCAGUAUUGUUCCUCAAUAAAACAAUAAAAUAAGUUUUCUUUUUAAUUACUGUUUGUUUUUAUUAUUGCUGUGUGCAUUCGAAAUGCAAAUAUCAAAUGCGGGAGCACCAAAUGCGGUAAGAUUUUCUAACAAGUAACCCGAUGUCAGUGGGAGCUUUUGAAUCCUACACGCUAAGGUCAGUUUACCUUUUUUCCAAAAAGUGCACAUUCGCAAAUAUGCGUAAAUGAUACUCAAAUAUAGGUAAAAAAUACUCAAAUAUAGGUAAUGUGUACCUGAUUGUAACCCAAAUAUGGGUAAAUAUUACCCAUAAAUGCGAAUGUGCACUUUUGCAAAAUAUGAGUUUUAUUUACCCAUAUUUGCGUAAAGUUUACGCAAAUUUGAGUAAAAUUUACCCAUAUUUUAGAAAAAUAGGUAAACUGACCUUAGCGUGUAG